CUCGCCGCCAUGAAGGUUGAGUUGUGCAGUUUCAGUGGGUAUAAAAUUUAUCCCGGCCACGGCCGGCGAUAUGCCCGAAUCGACGGAAAGGUGUUCCAGUUUCUGAAUGCCAAGUGCGAGUCUGCGUUCCUGACCAAGAGGAACCCCAGACAGAUCAACUGGACUGUACUGUACAGACGCAAACACAAGAAGGGCCAGUCUGAAGAGGUGACAAAAAAACGCACACGUCGUGCUGUGAAGUUCCAGAGGGCUAUUACUGGUGCCUCUCUUGCUGAGAUCUUGGCCAAGAGGAACCAGAAGCCCGAGGUGCGCAAGGCCCAGAGAGAGCAGGCCAUCAGGGCUGCCAAGGAGGCCAAGAAGGCAAAACAGGCAACCAAGAAAGUUUCCACCCAGAGCACCAAGGCCCCUGCCAAGGCUGCACCCAAACAGAAGAUUGCUAAGCCCAUGAAAGUGAGCGCUCCUCGUGUUGGUGGCAAACGUUAAAUUUCUCUGGUGUUUUGUGUAUUAAUAAAAUUAUCACAAUACC